AUGGACUACUCGAAGGUGUUCCCGUUGGUCGUGCUGCUACUGAUUGGGCUUGCCAGCGAAUGUUCCGCUCAUGAGUGUUACGUUUGCUCGAAUCAAACUGGCAACACGGAAAAGUGUCUCAAUACGGUCAAGAUUUGCCAGCAGGGUGAGGACGCCUGCCUGACGGAGAUCCGAUGGGGAAGCACGCCAUACUUUUCUCUAGGUGCUCAGAAACAAUUUUACGUCUCGAAGCGUUGCGCGAAGAAAGAGAUUUGUCAGCGUAUCCGCACGAAGCACAUGCCGUACUGUACGCACAUCUGGUACGAGGAUUGGACCUGUUCCGCCUGUUGUCUCGGUGAUCGUUGCAACUAUUACGUGAUCAGUGCCGCACCUACGGUAAAACUGUCCGUGCUGCUUGGAACUAUGGUGACGGUUGGCGUGAUGCUGCGCUGCAUUAUAAGUAGCUGA